UUUAACGAAUGUCAAUAACAAAAGAGAAUUGUAAAAAGACUUUAGUUUCUUGCGGUAUUAUUUAGCAUACGAAAUUAACAAAAUGAAUAGCAUUUCGGGACUUGUAAAGGAAACCCUGCCAAAUUAUUUGUCCAGUUUGCCAGUACCCGAUACAUUUUCGGGCUGGUUUAAAUUGUCAUUCAAAGAUUGGUUAUCCCUAAUACCACCCACUGCCGUUGCUGCCGGUAUUGGUUAUACCAUUUAUUUGGCUUAUUGUCCAGCUGCUCGUGCUGGUGGCUGCUCUAAAGCCGGCAUAUGCAAUCAAUCGGUACGCAAACAUGAAGCUAAAGUUGUUGAUAUGAUUGAUAUUGAAAAUAUUGCCGAAAAGGCAGCAUUCUGCCGUUGCUGGAAGACAAAGAAUUGGCCCUAUUGUGAUGGCAGCCAUGGUGAACACAAUAAACAAACUGGCGACAAUGUUGGUCCUGUAGUGCUCAAGAGAAACUCUUAAAUAUAAUUGAUAUUUGUACAAUUAAUUUGGAAUUUUUAUUUUUUUUUUCCUUUCUUUGUUUUUUUAUUUAUUAUUUGGUUCCAACCGGUUAUUAUUAACAUUAUUGCUUUUAUGAUAUUCGCCCGAUAUUCGUCUUUUAAAGCGCUCUCACCAGGUGUGUUAAAAUAGUUAUUUGUUUAAAACAUAUUCAUAUUUUCUCUAAGAAUUUAAUAAUUAAAUUGUGGCAGAUUUUCCUACUAAAAAACCAAUCUUGUUUUGUUGUGCUUAAGACAAUAGUUUAAUUACGCAAUUAGAAUGAACAUACACUGUGAACAAAAUAAAAAAAAUUUAUGAAACAAACAAAAAA